GGAGCUUCAAGCUGUGGCACUUUAAGUUCCUUUUCUAAAUUAAAUCUCUGUGUGGAGGCUGUGAAGAGCAGGUAGACAGUUCUGUGCUCUGUCGACAUUAAGGACACUCACUGGGAAGCAGCUGAGUGAACAUUAUGGAGAACAAGAUGACUGAUCCAUACAGUGAUGAUAUUCAUAUUUCCAGAGAUAUGAAAGAAAUCCCAACUUCUCCACACUUCACAACGCAGCCUCUCCCACUGACCAUUAAACCAAACAAAUUCACAGGUUUUGGAGACUACGAAUCAGGAAUUACAUAUUCCACAAAUAACAUAUCUACAGUAAAUAUAGAAAGGCUCACUGCACAUUCAGAAGGAGGAUCACGUAAGAGAAAAAGUACCCCCACCAAAGUCAUUCAUACUGUUCACUCAGAAGAUUUACCAAAAGAAAUCGAUGAACCUGAAGACAUCAAAGUGGAAUUGCCAUCACCAAAACCCAUGGCUCAAAUGAUUGACUUAAGUAAUGUAGGGUUUCAGUUGUUCAGAGCUUUUGAUCACCUGGGUACCACAGGUUUGAAACAUGAGUCUAUUAAACAUAACUUAAUGUGGCCUACCAGUCCUCUGAUGAUGCAUCCUUCUCGAUCAUACUUUUCUAAUGUCACUCCAGACUUUAUGUUCCCUUUUGUUAUGGCACCAUCAAAUCUGCAUUUUCGAUAUCCUCUUCACCAGAAUCGUCCUCUGGGAACUCUGAGUGGUGGGAUGCCUAGUAGAGAAGAAAAGAAGAACACAGUUGAACGGGUUGAUGUUAACAUUCAAAUUGACGACAGUUAUUAUGUCAAUGUAGGUGGCAGUCAGAAACGCUGGCAAUGCCGAAUGUGUGAGAAGUCAUACACUUCCAAGUACAACCUGGUGACACAUAUUUUGGGACACAGUGGUAUCAAGCCCCACGCUUGUUCCCAAUGUGGAAAACUCUUCAAACAACUGAGCCAUCUGCAUACUCACAUGCUGACGCAUCAGGGUACCAGACCUCACAAGUGUCAUGUCUGUCACAAAGCAUUCACCCAGACCAGCCAUCUCAAACGACAUAUGAUGCAACAUAGUGAUGUGAAACCAUAUAAUUGCAGCAUUUGUGGCCGGGGCUUUGCUUAUCCAAGUGAACUCAAAGCCCAUGAAACCAAGCAUGAGAAUGGUCGAGAUAACAUUUGUGUUGAGUGUGGACUUGACUUUCCUACCCUGGCCCAGUUAAAGAGACAUUUGACAUCACACCGUGGUCCUACAUUAUAUCACUGUGAUGAAUGUGAGAAGACUUUCCAGUAUCCAAGUCAGUUACAAAAUCACAUGAUGAAACACAAAGAUAUCCGCCCAUAUAUCUGCACUGAAUGUGGCAUGGAAUUCAUUCAACCCCAUCACCUCAAGCAGCACUCUCUGACACACAAGGGCGUGAAGGAGCAUAAAUGUGGAAUCUGUGGACGUGAGUUUACAUUGCUGGCCAACAUGAAGCGACAUGUUCUUAUUCAUACCAACAUCCGAGCCUACCAGUGUCACCUUUGCUUCAAGAGCUUUGUGCAGAAACAAACAUUGAAGGCACACAUGAUUGUUCACUCUGACAUCAAACCUUUCAAAUGCAAGUUGUGUGGGAAGGAGUUUAACCGGAUGCACAAUUUGAUGGGACACAUGCACCUGCAUUCUGACAGCAAACCAUUCAAAUGUUUGUACUGUCCCAGCAAAUUUACCCUGAAGGGAAAUCUUACUCGUCAUAUGAAGGUUAAACAUGGAGUCAUGGAUGGAGGGUCUGACUCACAAAGCUUCAGGCGGAGAGGGCGAAUUGGAAUUGUACAGAAUAAUCUAAUGAGCAAUUUUGUGCAGGAAGAGCCCUUUGACCUUUCUCAAAAAGGCAGAAUAAAAAUAUCAUCCCAGUCCGAUGGGGAGAGUGCCAAAGGUAGCUCUUGUCAGGAAGAAGAAGAAGACAACUACUAUGCAAUAGAUCAAUACAGCCCUGGUAUGUAUUGCAGAGCAGACAAAAUUUAUUUGCCAGAAGAUUUAUCCCAGAAACCAGGAAGGCUCAUUCAAGACUUUAGAGAUUCAGACAAUGAAGAGCAGGACAAAGAGUGUAUGAUAAAUGAAGAAGAUGAAGACUUGAUGACCCAUGGAAAAUUUCUGCAGAAUGGAACUGACAAAAAUAGCACUGCAGCUAUGCACUAUCUAUUUGAUAUCAAUGAAAGCUAUAAGGAAUUUUGUCUUGACAGGAGAUGUAGCCCAGUGUGAGAAACAUAAUGGUAAUAAAAUGAAACCACUAUUUUGAUUAAUAAAUCUGCAAAAGAAAUGACUGUGUAAACAUAAAUGAAAUGCUGUUUAGAUAUGAGAAGUAUGAGCCGCAUAGUACCUUUCGCUUAUGAUGUUUAUAUUUAUUUAGAAUCAUGCAGUUCAUCGGCUUGGACUCUCUCUGAUUAAAGGACCACAUCUUCACAACUUCCCCUUUCUGCAAAAUUGCAACCAGUGGCACUAACACUUUAUACAAAGCCCUCAUAACUACCCAAAGCUGCAAAUUUUAACGUAUCAUCAAUAAUCAAAAUAUCCAUUUGAUAAACAUAAGGAAGACAUUGCUCUUGUCUGUUUAACAAUGGGCUGGCAAAACUAACAGACUUUGUUCACUGCACAUUUAUGAACAGAUUUAAUCUAGCCUGUGUCACUACAGGGCUAUGGAGAGUCCACUUUGCUUGGCUUCUUCAUAUGGACAAGGAAUGAGUAGGGUCACUGCAAGUCUGUUGAAUAAGCAAAUUAUUAUUGAUAUUUCUCCUGAUAUAAUUUUGAGUAUUUGUUUUAAAUAUACAUGUCAUUGUAAUUACUUAUCGGAUAUUAUCCACUCGCAUUUUUGUGUAUUUUUCUGGUAUAUUUUCUAGCUAUGAAGUAUAUCUUUAAAGUAUGACUUCCAGUGAAAAUCUUCCAGGUAUUACAAAGCAUGCAAAGUCAUUUUAAGUAACAAAAUACAUUUGCUGAAGUAUGAGGCAAUGCCGGAACUAUUACAAACCAAAUGCAAAUGGAGAAAAUAUGUAACAGUAAAAUAAUCAUGAGUUUCCAGUGAAAUAGAAAAUCUCUUAUGCUUGUCAUCUGCAACGGAUCUGAAAUAAGAUAAAGAAACAAAAGAAUGCUGUUUUAUGAGAUACAUGAAUGCCUUGCGGUUUGUCUUUUUAUUUAGUCCUUGUGAAGACUUGAGGACCAUUUAUCUAAAUUCCUACAUAAUUCAAGUCAUCCUGGAAUAAACAUUGACUUUGAUGCUCAGGAAUGCUAGCCUCACAUUGCAGCUGAAAUACUUGAGUUCCGGUGCUGGCUCAGGCUUGAAAUCUGCCAUUUCAACAUGAAAUAAAAUUAGUUGUUUGGUAGCCAGGCCUCGUAAUGCUGAAGAGAUCUACUUUUUGGGCAGAGGUUGUGGGGGAUGUGUUUACUUCUCCACUGAGCAUAUAUCCAUUGGCAGUGCCUAUUGCUAUGGGAGAUCAAGCUCAGAUCUGUUAACGUAAAUUCAGAACUGAAAGACUGAUUAAAUGCAAACAAUCAUGAUUGAAAUGGUGGGAAAGGGUGAGAAAAAUUAGGUAUAAAUGUAAAUAUUAAGUAUUUGCUCAGAGAAUAUCAACAACAGUAUGCUGUCAUUUUAUCAUGCACGCAUUUAUAAAAUUCUUUUAAACAAAAUACUGGUUAUAUAUGUUGGAAAUCAUUGUUGUCUAGUGUUAUUCAAAAUGUUGAAGCACAUUUAGUAAAGGACCACUAUGGAAUACAUGUAGUGUCGACCAAGUACUUGGUGCUCUUACUGCAACAUUGUACCCUUCCUUUAUCCCGCACUCAUUUUUUCUCUCAAUAUUGACAAGACUAACAUUUACAGUACGUUUUCAAGGUAAUUAAUAAAACAAUUAUGAUCUGCAUUCUAAUUUUCACAUGUAAUUUGUUACAUAAUAUUCAUAAUAGCUUAUCCAAUAAAAAUAUGCAAGGUACUUCAUGUAUUCCUGAAUAUCUUGCUCUGUAGGAGGUAAGGUGCUGCAUUACGCAAUAAGGGUGCAGCAAUUCAGUAGAUUCACUCAAGAACUAUAACUGCUUUUGGUUCAAAUGAUCUUUCCAGAACAAUGGAAAACAGGAGCAGGCCAUUAAGCCCAAUCAAGCCCAUUGGAUUCACUUAGAUCAUUGUUGACUUAUAGCUCAAUCCUAU